AUGGAUUUAUUUGAGUUUUAUUUGGUUGUGCUGCUGGAACUUGAAGAGGUUUGGGAAGUGGUGGUUCGUUCAGGGUUUGAUUGUUGAUGAUGUUUUGUCUUUUCUUCUUUUCUUCUCUUAUAUUCUUCAAACUUUUCCUGUCUUUUACGAUUGAUUGAUUGAUUGAUUGGAUUUGAUAUCCAUAACACUGAAGUUAUCAUAUUAUUAUUUUUUAAUUAUUUUCUCGUCAUUCCUUCUCUUCUAUCUUCUAUUUCUUUUUCAUCAGCGGAUAUCGAACUACUUGACCUUUACCUAUUUGGUAACGGAGUAUCUACAAGCACUUUGAAUACGAUACGAAUAUUACCAACGUACCUUUGAUAGGACUAUAUUGUUUCUAUUCGUAUUAGCUGCAGUCAUCUUUACGAUCUUUUAUUAUUAUUGCAGCAUCUGUGCCACGUUUAAAUAAGCCUUUUCCAAGACGGGUUUCUAUUUCUUGGGUUAGGUUUCCCCGCUUUACUUUACUUUACUUUUGUUUAUUUAUCUGGCUUGCUUUUUGGGUUGGAGUAGAUAUACGUAUACGUGAUUUUAUAAUGCGCAUUCAGAGUUGGUUAUGGUGUUGGUCGUUGCUUGGAUGGAGGGUGGUGGAUGCGCUGACGGUUGAUACUUCACAGGCUGAUUCGGUUAAAAGUGCUGCAAGUUCUGUUGCGGCGAAUUUAAUAUCGUAUUAUCAUGGGAAUGAAUCGGGCCAAACACCAGGACUUCUACCUCCACCUUAUUUCUGGUGGGAAGGUGGUGGAAUGUUCAUGACAUUGAUAGAUUAUUGGCGUUACACGGGAGAUACUUCAUACAAUAGUAUUGUCUCGGAAGCUCUACUAUUUCAAGCUGGCCCAAAUGCCGAUUAUAUGCCUGCGAAUCAGACCAAAGAUGAAGGGAAUGAUGAUCAAGGAUUUUGGGGAAUGGCUGCUAUGUUGGCUGCUGAAUCGAAUUUUCAAAAUCCUCCUGCAGAUCAACCACAAUGGCUUGCAUUGGCUCAAGCGGUGUUCAACGAAAUGGCCAGUCGAUGGGAUACCAGUACUUGUGGAGGUGGACUGAGGUGGCAGAUCUUCACUUUCAAUAAUGGGUUCACGUAUAAAAAUUCCAUUGCAAAUGGAUGUUUUUUUAAUAUAGGCGCGAGAUUGGCGAGGUAUACGGGAAAUCAAACGUACGCGGAUUGGGCGGAGACGAUUUGGCAAUGGGAAGAGAGUGUGGGAUUGAUUGAUAGUGGAUAUAAUAUCUUUGAUGGGAGUAGUGAUACGGAUAAUUGUGCGAGUGUGGAUCGUUUGCAGUGGAGUUAUAAUGCGGGGAUUUAUUUGCAUGGAGCGGCGAACAUGUUUAAUUAUACCGAUGGAAAUUCCACCUGGCAACAACGCACAAACCAAUUAAUGAACACCUCAAUCAACAUCUUCGCCUCCAACAAAACAAAUUCCAUCAUCACCGAACAAGCCUGCGAAAAUGUUAAUAAGUGCGAUACCGAUCAACUAUCCUUCAAAGCCUAUUUUACGGCCUGGCUCGCCUCUACUUCCAUCCUCGCGCCUUUUACCGCUCAAAGUAUUUUCCCCAUCUUGCAAAGCACCGCGAAAGCAGCAGGAGGACAAUGUACGGGCACGGGAAAUGCAUGUGGAUUUAAAUGGACGGAAGGAACUUUUGAUGGGAAUGUGGGGGCGGGACAACAGAUGAGUGCGUUGGGCGCGAUACAGAGCGCGAUGGUGGCGGUUCCCGGCAUGGAUAAUGCGAGGAUUGGACCGGUGACGAAUAGUUCGGGCGGAACGAGUGUGGGGGAUAGUGCGGCGGGGAGUGGGAAGAUGGGGAGGGAGGGGAUGCAGGGGGAGGGGGUGGUGGGGAGGGGGGAUAGAGUGGGCGCGGGGGUGCUGACGGUGCUGGUGCUGGGGGGGUGGUGUAGUGUGGUGGGGGUUAUGAUUUUGGGGGGGGUAAGGGAUGGAGAGGUAGGAUGA